UCUCUGUCUCUUCACUUUGUAUGCUUGCGCAGUCUCAUUCUGUCUCGCCCUUCAGGCUACGCCAACUCUCACCUUCUCUUUUGGUUUCUUCUGUGACUUCGCUGUUUGUGUGUGUGUCUGUCUUCCUGUCUGACUCAAAUUCAUUUAUUCCCUCUCCAGUUUGGACGUUCUCUUCCUGUAGGUUUCUCUCUCUGUGUGUUUUUCCGUGCUGCCGAAAUCCUCAGAUCCGUACAGAGAAUCGAUUGAUUUGUAUGUCAGGACUUUGACCGAUCUUUCGAUUUCCGGACGUCGUAGCAAGCGAUGGGGCAGUGUUACGGCAAGAACAUUUCCGUCGUCGAAGAAGACGACAACAUCUCCCCCGCCGGUGAUCGUCCUCAGACGCCCUCCACUUCGACUGCCGGUAACGGCGCUGUCAGCGUGCCGGCGGUGAAGAACUCGUCUCAUUCCUCUUCCAACAGCCCCUGGCCCAGCCCUUACCCUCACGGCACUGGUACCAGCCCUCUUCCUCCGGGAAUCUCUCCUUCACCGGCGAGGUCCACUCCCCGCCGGUUCUUCCGCCGCCCCUUCCCUCCUCCUUCACCGGCAAAGCACAUCAAGGCCUCCCUUGUCAAACGGUUUGGACACCCUAAGCCUAAGGAGGGUCCGAUCCCUGAGGAUGGCGGCACUCAAGUUGAGCGCCCGCUCGACAAGAGCUUUGGGUAUUCUAAGAAUUUCGAGGCCAAGUACGAAUUGGGGAAGGAGGUUGGCCGUGGGCAUUUCGGUCAUACGUGCUCGGCCAAAGGCAAGAAAGGGGAGCUUAAAGGUCACCUUGUUGCCGUCAAGAUCAUCUCUAAAGCUAAGAUGACGACAGCAAUAUCAAUUGAAGAUGUUCGCAGAGAAGUGAAAAUUUUAAAAGCUUUAUCUGGGAACCAGAAUUUGGUAAAAUUUUAUGAUGCAUGCGAGGAUGCCAAUAAUGUCUACGUAGUCAUGGAAUUGUGUGAAGGUGGUGAACUGCUGGACAGAAUUUUAUCCAGAGGUGGAAGAUACACAGAGGAAGAUGCAAAAGUUAUUAUUGUCCAAAUUUUAAAUGUAGUUGCCUUUUGUCAUCUUCAAGGUGUUGUACACCGUGAUUUAAAACCAGAGAAUUUUCUCUUUACUACAAGAGAUGAAGAUGCUCUAAUGAAGCUUAUUGAUUUUGGUCUUUCUGACUUUAUUAGACCAGAUGAAAGACUCAAUGAUAUUGUCGGCAGUGCAUACUAUGUUGCACCUGAAGUCCUUCAUAGGUCAUAUACUAUGGAAGCAGAUAUUUGGAGUAUUGGUGUCAUAACAUAUAUCUUGUUAUGUGGAAGUAGACCUUUUUGGGCACGUACAGAAUCGGGGAUUUUUCGAGCUGUUUUAAGAGCUGAUCCUAACUUUGAUGAUUCACCUUGGCCUGUGGUAUCGCCAGAAGCCAAAGAUUUUGUUAAAAGGCUUCUGAACAAGGACCACAGGAAAAGAAUGACAGCAGCACAAGCUCUGACUCAUCCUUGGUUGCGAGAUAUAAACUGUCCUGUGCCUUUAGAUAUAUUGAUCUAUAAGUUAGUCAAGUCAUACCUUCGUGCCACUCCUUUUAAACGUGCAGCAUUAAAGGCUUUGUCAAAGGCGCUCACUGAGGAUGAACUCGUGUACCUGAGGACUCAGUACAGACUGUUGGAACCCCAUAAAGAUGGGCGUGUUUCUCAUGAGAACUUUAAAAUGGCUCUCAUCCGAAAUGCUACUGAUGCCAUGAAGGAAUCAAGGGUUCCCGACAUUUUAAGCACAAUGGAACAACUCUCUCAUCGAAAAAUGGACUUUGAAGAGUUCUGCGCUGCAGCAAUCAGCACAUAUCAACUGGAGGCUCUUGAAAAGUGGGAGCAGAUUGCGAGUACAGCUUUUGAAUAUUUUGAACAGGAGGGAAACAGAGUUACAUCAGUGGACGAAUUGGCACGGGAAAUGAAUCUGGGCUCCACGGCUUACUCGAUCCUUAAUGACUGGAUCAGAAGCUCUGAUGGCAAGCUCAGUUUUCUUGGGUACACCAAAUUUUUGCAUGGUGUGACAAUACGCAGCUCAAAUACAAGACAUCAGCCUUCCGCCUAGCUUGUGACAUAAUUGUUUCUAAGGUCUUGGCAUGGAAAGGUUUGCAAAUUCUUUCCCCCUCUUUUCUUGGGGUAGAAGUGUGUGUGUAAAUGAAUUUGUAGUUAAUUCAGAUGUGAGGCUCUCCGAGGCAAUUCAAAAUGA